AUGGGCUCCAUAGCCAGCCCGUCUCUCUCUUCUUCCUCCCAGCUCCUCACCAUCACCGUUGAAUUCACCGGCGGCCUGGAAGCCAUCUUCAAUAAUACACGGAAACACACUCUCUCCAUUCCCGCCACAUACCCGUCCCCCUCGACCGGAGAGCCUGAGCCGACUUCCGUAGCCUCCCUAGUCCACUACCUGAUAGAAAAUGUCAUGGAGGAUAAACGGCAGGAAUUAUUUGUGGUUGACGGGGCUGUACGACCCGGAAUCCUCGUCCUGAUAAACGAUGCCGACUGGGAAUUAGAAGGGGAGGAGAAGUAUCAGAUUCAGCAGGGGGAUAAUAUAUUAUUCGUUUCUACGUUGCACGGCGGGUAG